AUGGGCAAAGUCCAAGUUGAUGUGCUUUUCGGCGGCCGAGAUAACUGCCGAGUUGAAAACAUUAUCUUCGAGGUUGUGGACCUUGAUAGCCCUUACUAUGCCCUGCUGGGAAGACCGACACUAGCAAAAUUCAUGGGCUCCACUCAUAUGGUGUACCUAAAGAUGAAGAUGUCGGCACCAAAUGGAAUCCUCACUGUGGUUGGCAACUACAAGACUUCCAUGCAUAGAAACUGCCUCUGCCGUAUCCUGCUUGGAAGAAUGUCUGGUCAUUGCGGAGGAGAUGAAAAGGUUGAAAACGGCUGUUGCACUGGCACAUUCUGUGCAGCUCAACAUGGCCGGAAUGAUCAACAUGCUUGGUGGGGUGGCUUUCAAGCCGCAAAGGAUACAAAGGACAUUGUACUUGACCCCGAGCAGCUAGAACGCACCGUCCGGAUUGGUGCCGGAUUGAGCAAAAAAUCGAAAAGCGCGCUCAUCGACUUCCUCCAUGAGAAUCGGAACAUUUUUGCAUGGUCUACUGAUGACCUGAAAACUGAUAAGUUCGUCUGGACUCCGCAAGCCGAUGCAGCUUUCCGGGAGCUGAAGAAGAUGCCGGCCAAGACGCCGGUAUUAGCAUCUUCACUGCCCAAGGAGCCGAUGUUGCUCUACAUUGCAGCCACAAACCGGGUUGUAAGUGUAGUAGUAGUAUUGGAAAGAGAGGAGGAAGGAAAAAACAAGUGCAGAGACCGGUAUUACUAUCUGAGUGAGGUACACUCCCUUUCAAAGAAGAAUUACGCUCACUAUCAGAAAAUGACAUGCGGCGUGUUCAUGUCUGCCAAGAAGCUGAAGUAUUACUUUGAAGAACAUCCAAUGACGGUGGUUUGUGCGGCUCCAAUCUCGGAAAUCGUCGGCAAUAAAGAUGCCAGCGGUAGAAUUGCCAAGUGGGCGAUUGAGCUGGCUCCGUAUGUGCCUCACUAUGAAAGAGGAGAUGCAAUCAAGUCACAAGAAUUGGCAGAUUUCCUGGUGGGUUGGGCCAAGAUGCAAUACGAACCUCCCAAGUCGGACUCAAACUACUGGAAGAUUCACUUCGAUGACUCCAAAUUAAAAAAGGGUUUGGGUGCCGACGUAGUCCUCACCUCACCCAAAGGAGAUCAGCUAAAGUAUGUGCUGCAGAUCCACUUCAGAGCAUCAAACAAUGUCGCCGAGUAUGAGGCACUGGUGCAUGGAUUCAAGGUGGAAAAGGAAGUCAGAGUGUGCCAGAUUAUCUGUUAUGGUGAUGCGUACUUGGUUGUCCAGCCGAGUUCUGGUGAUUGGGAUGCUAAAGAUGCAAAUAUGGCAUCGUACCGGUUUCACAUGCAACAGGUUGCCGGAUUUUUUGAAGUUUGUGAGUUUCAUCAUGUGCCUCGAGCAGACAAUGAAGCAGCUGAUACUUUGUCCCCGUUAGGCUCAUCCCGGCAAGCAAUUCGGUCCAACAUAGCUCAGCUGGCACAUCUCCGGAAACCAUCAAUCAAGCCAAGCCCGGAGUCAGAGUCAAAUUUUGUUCCGGAAGCAAAUGUUGUCCCGAUGGAAAUUGAUCAAGCAAACCCGAGGACUGCUCCAUCUAACCUGGGGACUUCACAGUCAAAUUCGGCUAAAGCUAUGUCGGUUGAUAAUAUGGAGGUCGACGAACCAGCUUUUGUUGUUCGAGAAGUGCCAUCGUGGGUAAAGCCGAUCAUGUCAGACCUGGUCAGCAGUGAGUUACCGGCUGAAGAAGUCCUGGCCAGAAGAAUUCAGAGAAGAGCAAAGUCAUACACCAUCAUCAAUGGCGAGAUGUACAAGAGAAGCGUCACCGGUGUGCAGAGCUAUGUGGAGCCGGAAGAAGGCCGAGAGAUACUCCGAGAUAUUCAUCAAGGGGAGUACGAGUACCAUGCAUCAAGGGCCCUGGUGGCGAAGGCGUUCCGGCAUGGGUUCUAUUAG